CACUUACAAGUCAACACUACCCUGAUUUCCUCUCUCAGAAUUGUAUUUGCAGUCUUCUCUUUCUGGGUCUAAACUAGCAUGGAGAUUGUCACCACUCUCGUCAUCAGCCCGAUUUUACAGGAGAUACUUUCCAGAGCCACUUCAUUUGCUGAUGGAGAAAUCGCGAAAGCUUGGAAUUUGGAGAAGGAGCUGCUGUCGCUGACGAAGUCGCUCCCCAAGUUGCAAUUUAUGCUUGAAGCUGCAGGAAAAAUGGUAGAAUGUAAUGACACCAUAAGGGAUUGGCUACGGGAUCUCGAAGAUCUAGCUCAUGAACUGGUGAGUCUACUGGAUGAGUGUGAUUAUGAAGCCACGGAACAGGUGCACACUUUCUUACCUUCCUUUUCAUUUCGUCGCAAAAUGGCUGGAAAAAUUAAGGAGAUAGAAGACUUUUUCCAUAGGGGAAUACAAAUUAUAGAUGUUCUUAAUCUACUUCUGACAAGCCUCGAUGUGGCUACUCCUGGUCAAUAUCCUGAUGAUAUUUCAGAAAUUCUAGGAAGGGAACAUGAUCUCACAGAAAUUAUCAGUUUGCUAAAUACUCUGAGUUCGAAAUAUCCCCUCUCUGGCCUUUCCAUAGUGGGUAUGCCAGGUGUUGGAAAGACGACAUUAGCAAGAUCUAUAAAAAAGUGGGCAGAGGAAGGAAACUUCUAUGAUCUGGUGGCCUGGGUGUCUGUAUCUAAGAAAUUCGACGAAAAGAAGAUUUUAGAAGUUAUGGUGGAAUAUCUUGAUGGGAGAGCUGGUGGAUGGAAUAGUUAUGAUGCAAUGCUUCAACAUCUUCGGAGAAUGUUAGAAAAUAAAAAAUUCCUUCUCAUUCUUGAUGAUGUCUGUAAUGAAUUAGAUGCAGAGACAUGGAAAAGAUUCAUCUCUCGUCUGUCAAAUACUUUUAAAGCUAGUGGGAACUCCUCUAUUGUCGUAACAACUAGUAAUAAAAAGGUGGCUUCAACAAUGGACGCAGUUGGUUGCAAUAGGGUUCCUAUGAUUAAGCAUGAAUUGCAGAAGCUAUCAAAUGAAGAAUGUUGGUUGAUAAUGGAGAAGAAGGUUCUCAGCUCAUCCAACCUGACUUCAAUUAAAGAUCCAGAGUUAGCUAUCGGAAAAGCUAUUGCAGGACAGUGUGGGGGCUUGCCAUUAGUUGCAGAUGUUAUUGGCGAAGCAUUGAGCCAGCAUAUUGAUGCAGAUAAGUGGUCAGCUAUCAGAGAUAAUACAGCAUGGGAUUCACCACAUAGAAAAGGGAUUCUAUCUAAACUAAAAAAGAGUUCUGAUCGUUUGUCCUUACCUUUGAAAAAAUGCUUUUCUUACUGUUCAAUUUUUCCAAAAGGUUCUGAAAUUAGAAGAGAUGAAGUAGUCCAACUCUGGAUGGCUAAAGGAUUUCUUUUCCAACAUCAUGGCAGCAAAUCAGAUGAGCAGGAGGAUGUUGGUGACAGGUACCUCGAGGAUUUGGUGUCCAAUUUCUUAUUCCAAGAUGUGAAAAUGGAUGAGUAUGGAAAUAUAGAGUCUUUCAAGAUGCAUGAUGAGAUGCAUAAUCUUGCAUUGUCUCUGUCAACAAAUGAAACAUUUAUUUGGCCGGAUACUCGUCCCAUUGAUCCUUCUUGUAUUCGGCAUUUGAGGGUUAUGUCUAAUACAAACUUUUCAGUCCUUCCAGAAGCUAUACCUGCAAGGUUGCAUUCUUUGUUCUUGGAUGCUGAUGUUUUCCAGACCAUGGUUUCAAAACUCAGUAGCUUGCGAUCUUUAAAAUUAGCAGCUGCUGGCAAAGAAGAUUUGGAAGCUUCUCUUUGCACUUUGAAAUAUUAUAUAAAAUACCUUGACAUAUCAGAAGUGCAAGAAGUACCAGGCUUUGUCACCAAGCUCUACAAUUUGCAGACUUUAAGAGUCACAGGCUGUAGAUCAUUGGGAGAGCUUCCGACUCGUAUUGAAAAUCUGGUUAGGUUGAGGCAUAUUUAUUUUAAUGAUGAAAGGCAUAUGCCAAGUAGCGUUGGGAAGUUAACUGCUCUUCAGACUUUACAGCUAUUUGUUGUGGGUGAGCAAAAGGGUCGAAGAAUUGAAGAACUUAAAUGUUUAAACCAACUCAGAGGGACACUGAAAAUCUGCAACCUUGAGGAAGUAGCAUCCGAAUCAGAAGCUAUGGAAGCAAAACUAGAAGAAAAGGUACAUUUGAUCAAGUUGCAAUUUCUAUGGAGUAAAUGUAGGAGAGCCAAUCGUAACAUUGAUGAGAGUGUUCUGGAACAACUUCGACCUCACUCAAAUUUGAAAAGUUUGACUCUUGAGAAUUAUAGGGGAGGCAACUUUCCAAUAUGGAUGUUGAAGAAUGCCCCUUCUACAUUUGAUUUGUUUCGACUCAACAAUCUUGUGAAUUUGGAAUUAUUUAAUUGUGAUGAAUGUUGUAAUAUUUCAUGUCUCAGACUCCUACCUGAGCUUAAGUUUCUCCAUAUAAGAGCAAUGUCAAACAUGGAGGGGAUAGGCAGCAAGUUUUACCAUGACACACGUGAAAGGGCAAGCCGCAUCCGAGUUCGAGGACAACCAAUCACACUAUUUCCAGCUUUGAUAAAGCUCGUCUUAGAAAAUAUGACAAAGCUGAAGGAAUGGAUAGAAGAACAAGGCUUGGUUGUGUUUCCUUGCCUUGAGCAGUUGCUUAUUUGGGAUUGUCCAGAGUUCGAAACAUGGUGGAUAGAUGGAUCCGCUUCCCAGAAGCUUUCUGUGCUAAGCAUACUAGAAUGUCCAAAGCUGCAGGUUAUCCCAAGUGGGAUGUUGAACUUAAAGUCUCUUAAUAUAGAAGAUUGUCACAAUUUAAAGGAAUAUGCUCAACGGGACAGCCCCAAAUGGGAUAACAUUUGCCACAUUCCUCACAUCAAAAUUAAUGGGGAGAUGGUCCAAUCCCAAGACUCUUGAUUUUUACAGGUGAAAUUGGUUAUUACCGUGGAGAGUUGUAAUUGUAACAUACGCUGCUCAGACUUCAUUAAAGGUCCUCAGUUCAGUGAGGAGGAAAACUGAGAAGUAAAGAUGCCCUUGAUCAAAUUAGUGUUAUAGAGGAAUAUUUGAUGUUUGUAAAAGUGAUUCACAAGACAAAUUCCUAUCAGGACCAUUAAGUUCCCUCACUAGUGCCCUUUCUAAGACAAAGGUGGAUGAGGGGGAUAUGGAUCAAAGAUUGCAUAAAGGAAUACAUGUGUUGCAAAGUUGAUUUUAUGGAGAGAGACUCUUUCUACAAGAAGCUCCUAUUAGUCAGAAAUUCCCAAGAUUAUGUUCCAUGGUUUCUGACAAAUCCUUCUGUGUUGGAGACUUUCUUAAUCUUCUCCAGAAAUCCGAAUCUACUUUUGACUGUUUUCCAAUGGGAACAUCAUGAUAUGUCGCAAUUUUUCAGGGAUCUUCAGGGCCUACUGUCUUACACGCCCACUGAUAAUUUUAUUUGGUUCUUGUAUGAAAAGGGUGCCUUCUUCUGAAGAUAUUGUUAGCAAAGUUCAAACAUAUUCUCACUCUUGGUGUGCAGCUUUAUAACAAUUUCCAGAUUGAUUUAUUGUCUUGGCUGAUUAAUCCCAGAGGUAUGUUUUCUCCAAUCUCCAGUUUUGCUUGAAUUUGCACUAUUGGUUACCUUUG